AUGAAGCCGGCUCCACCUGUGAGCCCUGGAGCCGACAACGCCAGACACCUGCUGCGGCCCGCGGCCCGCGCCCGCCUCCGCCUCCGCCCUCCGCCCCCCUGCCCUGGCCCUCCUGCCCUCCUGCCCUCGCCCUCCUGCCCUCCUGCCCUGGCCCUCCUGCCCUUCUGCCCUCGCCCUCCGCCCUCCUGCCCUUCUGCCCUCGCCCUCCGCCCUCGCCCUCCUGCCCUCGCCCUCCGCCCUCGCCCUCCUGCCCUCCUGCCCUCGCCCUCCGCCCUGGCCCUCCUGCCCUCCGCCCCUCGCCCUCCUGCCCUCGCCCUCCGCCCUCGCCCUCCGCCCUGGCCCUCCUGCCCUCCGCCCCUCGCCCUCCUGCCCUGGCCCUCCGCUCCCGCCCUCGGCCCCCCGGCCCUCCGCCCUGGCCCUCUGCCCUCCGCCCCCCGCCCUCCGCCCUGGCCCUCUGCCCUCCGCCCUGGCCCUCUGCCCUGGCCCUCUGCCCUCCGUCCCCCGCCCUCCGCCCUGGCCCUCCUGCCCUCCUGCGCCCUCCGCCCUGGCCCUCCUGCGCCCUCCGCCCUGGCCCUCCUGCCCUCCUGCGCCCUCCGCCCUGGCCCUCCUGCGCCCUCCGCCCUGGCCCUCCUGCCCUCCUGCGCCCUCCGCCCUGGCCCUCCUGCGCCCUCCGCCCUGGCCCUCCUGCCCUCCUGCGCCCUCCGCCCUGGCCCUCCUGCGCCCUCCGCCCUGGCCCUCCUGCCCUCCUGCGCCCUCCGCCCUGGCCCUCCUGCGCCCUCCGCCCUGGCCCUCCUGCCCUCCUGCGCCCUCCGCCCUGGCCCUCCUGCCCUCCUGCCCUCCUGCGCCCUCCGCCCUGGCCCUCCUGCCCUCCUGCGCCCUCCGCCCUGGCCCUCCUGCGCCCUCCGCCCUGGCCCUCCUGCGCCCUCCGCCCUGGCCCUCCUGCCCUCCUGCCCUGGCCCUCUGCCCUCCUGCCCUGGCCCUCCUGCCCUGGCCCUCUGCCCUCCGCCCUGGCCCUCCUGCCCUCCUGCGCCCUCCGCCCUGGCCCUCCUGCCCUCCUGCGCCCUCCGCCCUGGCCCUCCUGCCCUCCUGCGCCCUCCGCCCUGGCCCUCCUGCGCCCUCCGCCCUGGCCCUCCUGCCCUCCUGCGCCCUCCGCCCUGGCCCUCCUGCCCUCCUGCGCCCUCCGCCCUGGCCCUCCUGCCCUCCGCCCUGGCCCUCCUGCCCUCCUGCGCCCUCCGCCCUGGCCCUCCUGCGCCCUCCGCCCUGGCCCUCCUGCCCUCCUGCGCCCUCCGCCCUGGCCCUCCUGCCCUCCUGCGCCCUCCGCCCUGGCCCUCCUGCCCUCCUGCGCCCUCCGCCCUGGCCCUCCUGCCCUCCUGCGCCCUCCGCCCUGGCCCUCCUGCCCUCCUGCCCUGGCCCUCUGCCCUCCUGCCCUUGCCCUCCUGCCCUGGCCCUCCUGCCCUGGCCCUCUGCCCUCCUGCCCUUGCCCUCCUGCCCUGGCCCUCCGCCCUGGCCCUCUGCCCUGGCCCUCUGCCCUCCGCCCCCGCCCUCCUGCCCUGGCCCUCCGCCCUCUGCCCCCCGCCCUCGCCCUGCCGCUGA